AUGAAUAAUGUUUUAAAAAAUUCAUUUCUAUGUUAUAUACAAAAUGGGAAGAAUAUUAUUAUUAGCAGUAGGAAACUUGAUAAAAAUGUUAUGAACAUUAUAGCCAAAAAUCAAAAUAAUUACAGCUCUUUAAAAUUUAAUAAUAUAUUAAAUUAUGGUGUGUAUAUAGGAAAUAAUAAUCCUAAACUCGAUUACCAAUCAUGCUUAAAUAGUUAUACAAAUUUUCCAAAAAAAACAAAACAACAAUUUUAUUCUACAUAUAGACCUACUCCAGAAAAUGACAAAACGAAUGUAAUAAAUGGGGCAAACCAAAUAACUAGCUUUUAUAAUUUACCUAACGAAUAUAAAGAAAAUAAAGAAAUUGAUUAUAAAAAUUUGGACAAUUUUUCAAAUAAAAACAGCAAUGAACACAAAUUUAAUAUUGACGAAGGAGAAAUACAAAAGGGAAAAAGAAAAUCCUCAAAAAUAAAAAUAAUAGGAUACACAUUUAUUCUUAUAUUUGGAACAUAUGCUUCUUAUAAAGUUUAUAAAAAUGAUUUUAAUUUAUCAAAAGCGGAAGAAAGUAUUUUAAAAGAUAUUUUUAAUAUUAUUUAUACUUAUGAAGAAAAAGGAAGUGUAAAAAAUUCUAAAUUUAUAACAUGUUUAAGUGAAAAUUUAAAUAAACAGAUAGCCAUGUAUUUUUUACAACUUGAUACUGAUAAAAAAUCUGGAUUUAUUAUUAACGAUGCUCUCAUUUUUUUAUCUGAAUUAAAUAUAAAUGAAGACAAUGAAAUUGUUAAAAAAUUUAUUAAAAAUGGUAAUGGGAAAAAUAAUGAAUUAAAAAAAUACUCUGGAUGCUCGUUACAACAGUUUGCUGAAUUAAUUGAAAGUUUAAUUUUAACAAAUAAAACAAAAACUGACAAUAAUGUAUCACAAAAUAGUGAUUUAAAUAAUCUACUGGGAAAUGACGCCAAAAAAUAUUAUAUUAAUAUUAUGCAGAAUUAUUUAGACAUACUUAUUAACACCAUUAAAACGUCAAGUUUAUAUUUAUAUUAUCUAAAGAAUAAAAAAUAUUCACAAAAUGAAGAUAUCUUAGAUAAUUUAGAAAUUUUAAUUUUAAAUAAACUGACUAAAUAUAAUGAUAAAUAUGUUGAUAAAAAAAACUUAUCUUUAGAUUAUAUAUUAAGUAAAGAAGAAAUGGAUCUUCUUCGUAAAAAUUGUGUAUCAAACAAAAAAGACGAAGAAAAAGAAUUGUUGUUAAUUGAAAAAAAAAAUAUUGAAGAUAAAAUUAAGCGCCUUUUAGACCUUCAAAAAAAAAAAAAAUUAACAGAAACUGAAAUUAAAAGAUUACAAGAUUUGAAAGAAAAUUUGAAAAAUGUUAAAUAUACCAUAAAAAAGGAGAAUAUCAAGAGAUAUUUUAACUAA